GGAGUAAGUAUGAUGUAUGAAUUGUCUGUACAGCCAAGCUGGAAUAUAUUUUUUUUCUUUUUAGGGGACCGUGAAGGAACUGCAAAGAAAGGGGCUGUGGAAGCCAAAUUAGGUGGAGGGUAAAAGUAGUAGGGAAAAAGUAAAAUAGGAAAUAGGGAAAAAAUAAAAAUAAAAAAAAUAAAACACAGAGUGAGAUGGAGAGGGAGGGAAAAGAAAACAAGAAAGUUAAGGAUAAACGGUAAAUUAAAUGGGUAAAAGAAAAAAUAUGUGUGCGCAAAAGAGAGAGGGAGAAGGAGACAGAGGGAGGAAUAAAAUAAAAAUAAAAAGGCUACUGGAACGAUUCAAGCACAAUGUGUUGAAAUUCCAUGGGGGUUAUACCAUGGGGGGGAGAGACUAAGGAAGGAAAGGGAAGGCAGAGAGUAAGUCGCAAAGUGGAUAAUGGAGAAUUAGCAGAAAGGAGUAAAGGGACAGAGACAAGAGCGAGAGAGAGAGAGAGAGAGAGAGAGAGAAAGAGCAGGAACAGGAACAGGGACAGGCACAGGAACCAGACAAGGCCCAGUGUCAGAGUCAGUAGUUAAACUGUAUGGGGAA